AUGGGUGGUGUUGAUGUGGGUGGGGGGGUGUUUUUUGAGGGGUGGUGGAUUUGGGUUGAUUUGGGGGUGGGUUGGGGUGGUAGGUUGUGGGGGGGGGGUUUAGUUGGGGGGGGGGGGGGUUGGGGGGGGGUGGUGUGUAUUAAGUUGUUUUGUGGGGGUUGUGUUUGGGUUUUUGGGGUUUUGGGGGGGUUUUGGGUGGUGUGGUGGGUGGGUUGGGGGUGUUGGGGGUUUUGUGUGUUUUUUGUUUGGGGGGGGUGUUGGUUGGGUGUUGUUUGGGGGGGGGUGUUGGUGGUUUUGGGUUUGUAUUGGUGUUGGUGGUGUGAGGUUUGUUUUGGGUGUUGUUUUGGGGGGUUUGGUUUGGGGGGGGGGUUUGUUUGUGUUUUGUGGUGGGGGGGUGUUGGGGGGGGGGUGUGUUGGGUUUUGGGGUUGGGUUGUGGGUGGGGGGGGUGGGGGUGUGUGUUGUUUUUGGUUGUGGUGUUGUGGUGGGGGGGGUGA